CUCUUUUCAAAGAAAGCAGAAAGAAAGAACUGGGAACAACCUGCGAAGGCAUGGCAUGUUUCUUGAAUUUCGGACACGCAAUUAAGAAUAUAGAGGUGAGAGAGAAAGAGAGAAUGAAGUAGAAUAAGAGGUGUACAAGUCUAGAAGCUUGGGUUCUGCAUCGAUCUCUAACUUUAAUGGCGAUAUUCUCUGAAUCGAAUCACCAUCGCAACAACUCUGAUGGUGUGUCCCAGCGAGUCAACAGCCCGCGUUUCUCGGGUCCAAUGACUCGCCGUGCUCACUCCUUCAAGCGCAGCGGCGCCGCCGCCGGCAACAGCGCCACUGGCGGCGGUUCCCACCAUGAGAUUGAGCUACAAAUCAACUCCCCCAGAUCGGAAGAAGGGUUGGAGCCUGUUCUGGAAAAGAAGCAUGGCCAUCAUCACGUGAGCCAGAGAGUUCAUGGUGGGGUUGUUAGGGGCUUACUCAAGAAACCCAUUGAAUCAGUCAUUGUGGAUUUGGGGUUGAGGGAGAAGAAAAAGCUUGGGCAUUGGAUGUUCUUAGUGUUUUGUGGAGUGUGCUUGUUCCUUGGUGUCCUUAAGAUAUGUGCCACUGGCUGGCUCGGAUCUGCCAUUGAAACAGCUCAAUCCAAUCAGGAACUAUCUGACUCCAUUGCUAGUCUAAAUCUAAUGGACCAAAGCUCCCUUGGUUAUGCAGAUAGGGAGGAAGCAGGUGAUGCCGAACGAACUCUAAAGAUGGUAGCAACAGGAUUAGUUGGCAGCCAAACUGCCAGGGCUGAAGGAUCAGGGAUCUGGUCUAAACCCAACAGUGACAAUUUCACCCAAUGCAUAGAUCUGCCAAUAAAUCGUAAAAAGCUAGAUGCAAAGACCAAUGGCUACAUUCUUAUAAAUGCUAAUGGCGGCCUGAAUCAGAUGAGAUUUGGGAUAUGUGAUAUGGUUGCUGUUGCUAAGAUUAUGAAGGCAACACUCGUCCUUCCUUCUCUCGAUCACAGCUCCUAUUGGGCUGAUGAGAGUGAUUUCAAGGAUUUGUUUGACUGGAAGCAUUUUAUUAAUACUCUGAAGGAUGAUAUCCACAUAGUUGAGACAUUACCACCUGCCUAUGCCGGAAUUGAGCCUUUCUCAAAAACUCCGAUAUCAUGGUCUAAGGUUUCUUAUUACAAGACUGAGGUUGUUCCCCUCCUAAAGCAGCACAAAGUGAUCUAUUUCACUCAUACUGAUUCCCGGCUUGCUAACAAUGGUAUUCAAAAUUACAUACAGAAACUGAGAUGCCGUGUAAAUUACAGAGCAUUGAAAUAUUCAACUCUAGUUGAAGAAUUUGGAAACACAUUGGUAUCUAGAAUGCAACAGAAUGGAAAUCCUUAUCUUGCCCUUCAUUUGAGAUAUGAGAAGGAUAUGCUUGCAUUUACAGGCUGCAGUCACAAUUUGACUGCAGAAGAGGAUGAAGAACUAAAACAGAUGCGAUUUGAAGUUGGUCACUGGAAGGAGAAAGAGAUUAAUGGGACUGAGAGGAGAUUGCUUGGAGGUUGUCCGUUAACUCCAAGGGAAACCUCCCUAUUACUUAAAGCACUGGAUUUUCCAUCACACACCAGGAUUUAUCUGGUAGCUGGAGAAGCAUAUGGAAGAGGAAGUAUGAAAUAUCUUGAGGAUGAUUUCCCCAAUAUUUUCUCUCAUUCGUCUCUGUCUUCUGAAGAAGAACUGAAUCCUUUCAAGAAUCAUCAGAACAUGUUGGCUGGUAUAGACUAUGUUGUUGCCCUUAAGAGUGAUGUGUUUCUUUACACUUAUGAUGGAAAUAUGGCAAAGGCAGUACAAGGUCAUAGGCGCUUUGAAAACUUCAAGAAGACCAUCAGUCCAGACAAGAUGAAUUUUGUUAAACUUGUUGAUCAGUUGGAUGAAGGUAAGAUUUCUUGGAAGAAGUUCAGCUCCAAGGUAAAACAGCUUCACAGAGACCGAAUUGGUGCUCCAUAUCCUAGGGAGCCUGGAGAAUUUCCAAAGCUGGAGGAAAGUUUUUAUUCAAAUCCUCUGCCAGGAUGUAUUUGUGAAAGAAGAUAGGCUGUCUUUGUUAUGAUGGCAUGGUGAAAGCUGCAUUCUAAAGGCAUUGUGGCUGUGCUGUGAUCUUUUUCAAUACUUGUGUGUUGAGGAGAUGGCAAUGUCAAUGUUCAAAAGCUGGGUUAUCUGCUUAGGUGCUAUAGAUUGCCUAGCUGUUGGGAUAAGGUUAUUAGGAGCCAAGGUGGGGAUAAGAAACUGAGCUACUCAAUUGCACUUUUUAAGUUAAGGAUCAAUCACGGGCAGACCAAAGUAUACCACUGUCAAUACACGCAAUAGAAAUUAAACACCAUACCCUAUUAAGCAAACCUCAUCCCAAACCACACUUUGAAUGAAAAGUUUUUUUUUUUUUUUUUUUCAAUCAGCCUUUCUGGAUUGUAUUUUACUCUUUUCUUCUGUUGAUAUCAAGAAAAGGGGA